AUUUGUAAAAAAUAGACAAUGGGGAUAUUGAAUGCGUGAUGAGAGAGCGAGGCAGACCGAAGGAGCGAGGCAGUGGACGACGAAGAUCAUGGGACCAGCACAGAGCACAGAGCGAGGGUCGAAGAAGCACCAGAAGGUAUAACGGAGCAGCUAGCUGGAAUAGAGGCCGCCAGAGACAAGGGUAUGAAGGUGGAUACGAUCGAGCCCUUUACAACCAAGCAACGGUGUUUUUCUUCACCAACUUUCCAGAUGGCUGGACCUAUGAACAAAUGUGGAGGACCUUUCUCAAGUUCGGACGUGUAUUUGCCAUAUAUAGCCCCCAGAGAAAGAACAAGGAAGGAAGCAGGUUUGGGUUUGUGCGCUUCCUGGACGUCAAGGAUGAGAGGAGCCUAGGGAGACAGUUAGAUCAGAUCUGGAUUGGCAACCAAAAGCUCAAAAUCCACCCUCCUCGUUUUAACACUCAAAUAACACUGGUACACCCCAAACACCAUACCAACACUGUAGGGAACCCAAAACAAAGCUACGCGGAGGUAGUGAAAGGCAUUGGAAGUAGAGGCGACGACUGGACAGCCGAUAGAGGUAUCAAACCUGUCCAACACGGGUUCACAAAAAACAGUGGCAAAACAAAACAAAAAUGGGUAGAGAAGCGGAGGGAAUUGCAUUGGACUGGACUUGAGUUCAACCCGAGGCAUGAAGACUGGGAAUGGCUUGAGGGAUGCUUUGUUGGAAUAGCCAGAUCAGUAGAGAUUGUGCCCAUACUUCAAGAAAGACUAUACAUGGAGGGGCUUUUCUCAAUCAAGCUUCAAGCAAUGGGUGGGAAACUUGUCCUUAUGAACUGUGAAGAUAAAGAGGAAUUGAAAGAACUAGUUGAGUCAGCAAAAGAUUGGCUGGGGCAGUGGUUUGUCGACAUUAAGCGUUGGACCCCCCAGAUGGUUGCCACGGAGAGAUUUGUUUGGCUGAAUUGCUAUGGAGUCCCUCUUCAUGCAUGGGGUCCUGACUUCUUCAUCUCAAUUGCAAAUCUAUGGGGGAAUUUUAUCACCCUAGACGAAAGCACUAGCUCUAAAAAGAGGUUUGAUGUUACAAGGUUUUUGAUCUCCACAUCAGAAACAGGCCUAAUCUCUAAAACUCUUACUGACAAAAUUAACGGCCACAUGUACUGCAUAAAGUGCAAAGAGGAGGAGACAACAAAUGGGUGCUUCUCUUUAAAAGCAGACUUCCAACCAAUGUCCCCAUCAAACUCUGAGGAAGAUUGCAAUGAAUCUUGGUCCUCCGACAAUCCAUCCGAAGACACUCAAAGAUUUGGCCAGAAUGGAGUCAUGCACGGCGGUGACUCUAACUCGGCAUCCGGUGAAGACGAUGAUGACAUGGCACUGAAGGACAGCCAAGCAGUGGGGAAGUCAACUAGGGUGAGGAUUUCGAAGGACCUUUCAGACUGGAACAGUGCAAAUAAUAAAUUCAACUAGCAAGAAAGGACGGCUAUUUGUUCCCAAGAAAGGCAUGAGGAGGGAUGUUCAAUAGACGCAGUUGGUGAUA